CUUCACGCUGCUAAUUUCGGUCAACGGACACUGAUCUUAUUUUUAUUGCACCCUUGCAUUUUACCCUGUGCAGCAAUUUGAUUAUUGAAAGGCAAUGGAGUGGACGGACCCCAUUUCCAUAUUUUUACUUUUUGUCCUGACUGUUCUGUUUAUUAUGAAAACUGAAAAAUUCUGGAAUAGCAGCUUCAGAGAGGAUUUGCCCCCGGGACCAAAGCCUUUACCCAUCAUUGGAAAUCUGCAUAUAAUGGACCUGAAGAGGCCCUACCGGACUAUACUGGAGCUGUCAAAAAAAUAUGGCCCAGUCUUCAGCAUUCAGAUGGGAUGUCAGAAAAUGGUGGUGCUGUCGGGAUAUGAGACAGUGAAGGAGGCUCUUGUGAACCAGGCAGAUGCAUUUGCAGAGAGACCUAAAGUCCCAGUAUUUGAAGAGAUUUCAAAAGGAUAUGGUAUUAUUUUUUCUCACGGCAAUAACUGGAAAGUGAUGCGAAGAUUUACUCUCACGACCUUGCGAGACUUUGGAAUGGGCAAGAGAGUCACAGAGGACCGGAUUGUUGAGGAGUACAGAUUUCUGAUGAAGGAUAUUGAAUCUCGUAAAGGAAAGCCCUUUGAUAUCGCUACAAUUAUGAAUGCUGCAGUUGCCAAUAUCAUCGUGUCAAUAUUACUUGGAGAACGGUUUGACUACAAAAAUCCCAUAUUCUUAAGACUACUAAGUUUGAUAAAUGAAAACGUCAGGCUGGUUGGAAGUCCAUCAGUUAUGCUAUAUAACAUGUUCCCAGCCCUUGGAUUUCUACUCAAGAAUUUCAAGAUUCUUUUGCAGAACACAAGUGAAUUGCAUUCUUUUAUACAGCUUAUUUUCAUAGAACGCCUCAAAGAACUGGACAAAAAUGAUCAGAGAAGUUUUAUUGAUGCAUUCCUUGUAAGACAACAGGAGGAGAAAGAUAAUAUCAAUGGAUAUUUCCAUAAUGCCAAUUUAAUAAGACUUGUGACCAACUUAUUUGCUGCUGGCAUGGAGACCACUUCCACCACGCUGCGCUGGGGACUUCUGCUAAUGAUGAAAUACCCCCAAAUUCAGAGCAAAGUCCAAGAAGAGAUCACAAGAGUUAUAGGAUCAGCCCAGCCACGAAUCGAACAUCGAACUAAAAUGCCGUAUACGGAUGCAGUUGUCCAUGAAAUUCAGAGGUUUGCUAAUAUCCUGCCCAUGAACUUGCCUCAUGAAACCACUGAAGAUGUUACUCUUAAAGGCUACUUUAUUCCAAAGGGAACUUACAUCAUCCCCUUACUGGCUCUACUGCGGGAUGAAUCUCAGUGGAAGAAACCAGAUACAUUUAAUCCUGAGCAUUUUCUUGACUCCAAAGGAAAGUUUGUAAAGAAAGAGGCUUUCAUGCCUUUUUCAGCAGGUCGGAGGAUUUGUGCAGGCGAGACUCUUGCCAGAAUGGAGCUCUUCCUCUUCUUUACAAGCCUCCUGCAGAGGUUCACUUUCCAUCCUCCUCCUGGAGUUACCAGCUCAGACUUGGACCUCACCCCGGCGGUUGGGAUUACCACGCCCCCAAUGCCCCAUAAGAUCUGUGCUGAGCCACGUUCUAUGAGCUCCUUGUCUUAGGCCAGUUUGGCAGAUAUAGGUAUGAUGGUCAGAAAAUCACAUGCCUGACCUAGCUAUGCCAGCAACACCCUCCCCCCACCCGCCAUGUAGAUGCAGCUUAUACCAAGAAAAGAGUCUUUGUUAUCAUCUACUUGAUGUUGUUCAGGGAGGUAGUUUAAGGUCCUGGCAAAAUAAUUCAUUUUGCCAGCAUAUGCUGUGUCUCCACUACAGGACUUUGCUGGUAUAGUUACACUGGUAUAGCUGUAUCAUCAAAGCUGUUGUGGUGUAGACUAACCCUUUCUCAUGUAUAUCAUCAGCCCUCCCUCUGCAGACUCUCCCUGGUACCCUGCCGUGCACUGGCCUUUGCCUGUGGUUUGGCUCGUGAUUUGUUAGGACCCUAUCCUAGCCUCAGUUACUCCAAUGGGCAACCCCAUUGACUCCAAUGACGUUAGCAAGUUUGCACAGGUGUAACUGGGACUAGAGUCUUGUAUUGUCUGUUACAUUGUACAGCCUCAGAGGAGCCUCCGUGCCUAGCCCAGAACUUGGCCAUUCGCAAUGAAGAGGCAACAUCCACUGGAGAGAGAGCUGAAACAGCAUAGACUGAUGCAGAACAUAUGGUCAAAUGUCCUCUGCACCAAAAUCCCCUGGAUGUUGCUAUCUCCACAGAUGCUGACCCUGCAUCUUCAGUUGUUAUUACUCCCUACGUUGGUGAUUUCCAACUCGGUGGGAGGGACACAGGAGAAGUGAGGAGUCUGCUCUGGAGGGAGAUGUAGUGAUGACAUUCGGUAACAAAAAAGGAACUUCUGCACUCCCAGGACUGCCCUGAUCUCUGAGACUAUGUCUACGCUAGGGGAUCACACGUUUUGUACCUUGUGUAGGAAAAGCACAUUGCACACAUGAGCAGCUCCUGGCAUCUCUCCAGUCCCCACACAAGCUCCUUCUGUGCACCCUCCCAUCCUCUUCUUUGUCAGGGACCCCCUGCAACUCCCGCCAACCUCCCCCAUGCUAGAAGUUUUGUGAAUCUCAGUUCCCACUCCUCCCAUAUCAGGAUUCCCCAUUCUCUCCUCCUGCCACAAUGGCUCUAUGUGCACCCCAUCUCCUAAUUCCCUCCAUUCCCUUCCCUGGCCGGGGCUCCGUGUGCCCCCCUUCACCCAUUCUAGCUUCUUCCAAUCUCCCUACAACAGAGGUUGUGUGCCCCCCAUGCUGUCCUCCCACCUUUCCAGGGUCCUCCAUUCUCUCCCCAGGGCAAAGGUUCUGUGUGCACCCCCACUCUCAGCUAAGCCUCCCAUUCUUCUCUAUACCUAUACUGGCCACAGAAUUUUCUUUGAUACCUUUAGCUUCUCCCAUCAAUUGUAUGCAUUUUUUAGCCACUACUUUGUACUCAUUUCUAUCAGAUCCCCCACUUUUCUAUUUUAUAUAUAUAUAUUAUAUAUAUAUAUAUGUUAUGGUUGCUUUCAUCUCCCCUCUUAGCCAGAU